UUUGUUAAGAUGUCAGGACGUGGAAAGGGCGGUAAGGGGUUGGGGAAAGGAGGCGCCAAAAGGCACCGCAAAGUUCUCCGCGACAACAUCCAGGGCAUCACCAAGCCCGCCAUCCGCCGCCUCGCUCGCCGCGGAGGAGUCAAGCGCAUCUCCGGGCUCAUUUACGAGGAGACCCGGGGCGUCCUCAAGGUCUUCCUCGAGAACGUCAUCCGCGACGCCGUCACCUACACCGAGCACGCCAAGAGGAAGACUGUCACCGCCAUGGACGUGGUGUACGCUCUCAAGCGCCAGGGCCGCACUCUGUACGGCUUCGGCGGCUAAGGCUCCUCCGCUUCCACAGACCAAAACAUCAACAAAAGGCCCUUUUCAGGGCCACCCACCUUUUCCGGAAAAGAGCCAGUCGCUGUCUUUGUUCUAAUACAAAUUCAAUAAAUCGAGCAGUUUCAAAAAUAAAUGUGGAGGGGAGGAAACUCUUAGAACAUGCUGACCAGGGAAGUUUUAUUUGCCACCUUAGAAGCCUUCUAUUAAUAUAACUGGUCACCAUUCCUAUAAAAAUAAUUGGCCUCUAUUCCUGCGUAGUGUCUUAUUCUCUUUAAAUGCUUUGCAUUAGGAGCUCUCUUCGUCUC